AUGAUGAACGAAAUGGUAACAGGGAGGAAUCGCUGGCGAGGAGGCCUAGCGCUGCUGGAAGAAGGAGCUGCAAUGAAGUCAAGCGCCAGCGACAAGACUCACGGGAUUCUGAAGAUAUUCCAGUGGCUAGUCCACCGCGAGCGGACUCGCCGUCAACUCAAGGAAGUCGAUCAAGGAGUCAACCCAUCUCGCGCAUUUGGCAGCGGCGCGAGGAAGAGAUAA